AUGAAGCUUUCAACCUUUUUGGCCAGCGUUGCCACCACCACGGCGCUCACCGCCCAUGCGCAAACCCUCACCGGCAAGGCCGAAGGCUUCGCAUCCGGAGUCACUGGUGGCGGCGAUGCCACGCCCGUCGAGCCUGCCGACAUCGACGAGCUCACGAAGCUGCUCACAAGCGACGAGCCCCAGGUCAUCGUCCUUAAGCAGGAAUUCGACUACACGGAUUCAGAGGGAACGACCGACGGAACCGGAUGCGUGAACUUCGGAACCGGCGAAGCUUGCCAGCAGCAAAUCGACAUGGGCUCGGGUUGUGGAGACAAGGACUCGGUUCCGAUCACGUACUACACGGCAGCGAAAACUCCCAUUGACGUGGCCUCCAACAAGACGAUCAUCGGUGUUGGCAGCGCUGGUGUGAUCAAGGGCAAGGGCCUGAGGUUCAGAGACGGCGCCUCGAACAUCAUUGUGCAGAACAUUGCCAUUACCGAUCUCAACCCGAAGUACGUGUGGGGAGGUGAUGCUCUCAGCUUCGACGAGAGCGAUUUGAUCUGGAUUGACCAUACCUCGCUGAUUGGCCGCGUGCACUAUGUGUUCGGCUUCGGUGCCAACUCUCGCAUUGAGCUCACCAACAACUUCCUCAAUGGAAGCACCCCGUAUUCGACAGGCUGCGACGGCUAUCAAUACUGGGGCAUGGAGCUCGUUGGCGCCGACGACACUAUCACGUUCAAAGGCAACUACCUCUACAAGGGCUCUGGCCGCAGCCCCGCUCUCAGCGGAUCGACAGUCUUCCACGCCUGCAACAACGUGUGGGAGGACAACAACGGACAUGCGCUCGAGGGCAAUGUCAACGGCCAGGGUCUGUUCGAGGGCAAUGCCUUCAUCCAGAUUCCGACCAUUACGAGCGAUAGGAACUGGGAGAGCGGACAGCUCUUCACCUCCCCCGAUGACUCGACCAAUGCCAAAUGUGAAGAGUACAUUGGUCGCGCCUGCGUCACUAAUGUGUUUGAGGACUCUGGCGCUUUUGAUUACACUGAUACGGCCUUUAUGGCGAACCUCACGGACUUGACGGUCGCGCCGUGCGGUUCCGCGAGUGACGCCAAAGCAAGCGUUCCAUCAAGCGCUGGCAACACGCUCUAA